CUGGAGUCUCACGGUGACGUUUUGGGUAAUUGGACCUCUAGGGUAUCUCCUUGGGAAUUGCGAUUUGCGACAGAGGAGACUGAGAGGAAUCGCCGACUGCUCGAGGCUUCGCCGAAACAGAGCCUCCCUUCCCAGCUUCUACCAGUUCAACUUCUCGCCGCCAUCAACGUCCUCGCUGCCAACGGCCUCGAGGGGAUCUCCGACAUCGCCUUCGUCGUCCUCUCCUUCGCCUACAUUUUCGUCAUCUCCGGAUUCGCCUUCACUCCGCCUCUCAGCAAUGCAGCAACCCACCUGGGUUCGAGGCUUCAAGUAGGUUUCUGUAGCCGCCAUCUUGCUGCCGGAGAGCAGUACAGAUCUUGUGUCAACGACCAGUAG